UCACCUUGCGUCAUGGUGAAGCCCUGAAAUACUUUGGUGUAAUCUUACAGCAGCUUCCUUUAUAUAUAGCAGGUGCUGGCUGCCAAAAUUUGUGCUGUUUUAUUCUUUGCAGCUAGAUAGCGGGGGAGGACACUGUUGUCUGCUAUUGAGACUAGUAGACUCUUGUUCCCAGCAAGUUGAUUGAUUAUAGACCCUGGUGCGUGAGAAAGCCAAAUCAUGAGUAAUUACUCUGUCUGUUUGCAAGGCCCAGCCCCAUGGGGCUUCAGACUUCAGGGGGGAAAAGACUUCAACAUGCCCCUGACCAUCUCCAGGCUGACGGAAGGUGGGAAAGCUGCCCACGCAAGCAUCGAAGUCGGGGAUGUGGUUCUGUCCAUCGAUGGGGUCAGCACGGAUGGAAUGACUCACCUAGCAGCUCAGAAUAAGAUCAAGGCAUGCACUGGAUCCUUGAAACUCAGCCUGCAGAGGGCCUCUCCUGCUCCAAAACCAACUGCAACAACAGUUCAGAAGGACGAGCCCCGCGAAGUAACACAUACUAUGCCUGUCGCAUCUGUUGCUCCUCCGAUGCCAAAGUUCCCAUCUGCAUCCAGCUCGGCCUACAACAUGACGGCCCGUCCUUUUGGAGCCUCAGCGUCUCCAAAGGUCACGCCUACAUCUGCAUCACCCCAGCCUGCAGCCUUUUCCCCAGCUUCAUCACCCCUCGCUCAGCCUCCGCCUCCAUCACUGGCAUCCACUCUCAAUAAUUCCACUCCCCCACCAUCAGUGCCUGUUGCAUCUCCACAGCAAACGCAUGCCAGUUUCAAACCUGGUGUCAAUGGGCACACGCCACCAGCCACCACUGCUAAACCGAAAAUAACCUCAUCCAUUAAUGUCCCACGGCAGCCCAAGGUGUACAACACGCCCAUAAACCUUUACUCCUCUGACAAUGCCCAUGAGGUGGCAGAGGGACAGAAGAGAGGACUGAGAGAGGGGCAGAGCGAUGUCAAGCAGCAGAAUGGCUCCCCCCGACAGUACAUGGCCAGCGUCCAACCUGAUGUGCAUUAUCACCAUAACCUUAGUGAUCAGAGCAAGAAACGUUUGAUGCAAGACACUGAAGAUUGGCAGCCAAAGACUGGCACUGCUCAGUCACGCUCCUUCUGCAUCCUUGCCCAGAUGACUGGCACUGAGCAUAUGGGUGAGACAACUCCAGCAAAUGAGACUAGCAAGAAGGCGAGGGACAAUGGGACUGAAAAUGACAAAGUAGGGUACAGCACUUUGGAAGUAGAACAAACUUCGCCAACCGUGUGCGCUGACCAUACGGAGGCGCGUGUGCCUGGAACAGGCACCACAGCGUCUGGGUUUGCGUGCACGGUAGCCUCUCAGACUCAUCUGCUCCCUGCGCUCGGUGACCCGCCACUAGCUGCAAGCCCUGGGGUGGAUGCUGCUGGAUUCGGUUCCCCUGAAGAUGAGGAGAGAAGGAUGUACCUGGACAAUCCUUUAGAUGCUUUACCCAGGUGUGCUCCACAUCCACUGCCAAACAAGUGUGAUACAAAGACCGAAACUUUUAUUGCUUCAGUUUCUACUGUAAACGUGAGGAAAGCUAGAUUCGUCAAUGUAACAGAAGAGGCGACCUCAAAGAUGCCAUCAGUCCUGCCAAAUCUUCCCCUUGCUGCGACCGGAAUUGAACCAUGUCCUUUAGAUGUUGGGAAGCAUUCAGUGGCUGUACAAACCUGUGACAUUCCAGUGCUCGCUACCCCACCAUUGACCUCCACCUCUGUGGGAGGUGCAGAACCUGCUGUCUGUACUCCAGCCAUCUCUGAAAGGAAAGUUUUGGAAAAUCCACUUGAAGCGUUGCCAAAGUCGACUCCACCUCUUCCGCCCUUGAAGCAAAGCCCAGAGGCGCAGAACGCUGCUGCUGUGAUUACUGCUGUACUUGCUGCUCAAGCUAGACUGUCUGAACCUACUGUCUCUCCGUCUCUGUUGGAUGCUCUGCUCAUCACACCGGUUACAAAAUCUCCAUCUGCACAACCUUUUUCAUUGCCCAAGCGCCAGUCCGUCAGCUCUUUGUGUGUGCCAAAGACCAGGAGUGUUACGUGGCAUGAAUCAGUUUUCUGUUCAGAAAAGUCCUCUGUCAGACAGUUUUCAUUCUCACCAAUUAAUUCUGCAAAGCCUAGUAGGGAUGCUGUGGAUGUUCCUCAGCCCAUUGGCCCCGCUACUGCUUCUGUCAAACCCAUGUCUAAGAUGCCUGGUGGGGUCUGUCACACCCCAGCCACUGCUGCUGUAUCCAGCCCAACCUUCAAGCCUCGUGGAGUUGCCGAGCCUACCAAACCAACAAGCUGGCAAGCUGCCAACUCAGCAGCCAACAGCUCCCCCAAGACCAUACUCCCCACUGCCCAGGUAUCACCGGCAAGUCCAUCUGGCUGGGGUUCCAACGCGAAGGCAGCCAGUGCCAUGAUAAGCAAGCCAGAGCCGCAGGAUGAUAACACACUGGUUCAGAUGGCCGAGCAUAUCCCAGCUGGCAACAGGACGCCCAUGUGUGCUCACUGCAACUCCAUCAUCAGAGGUCCUUUCCUUGUGGCAAUGGGUCGUUCCUGGCACCCUGAAGAGUUUACAUGUGCCUAUUGUAGUCUAUCCCUUGCCCACAUUGGCUUUGUGGAAGAGAAAGGGUCUGUGUAUUGUGAGAAGUGCUACGAACAAUUCUUUGCCCCUGAAUGUGCCCGAUGCCAGAGGAAGAUCCUGGGGGAAAUUAUUAAUGCCUUGAAGCAAACCUGGCAUGUUAACUGCUUUGUGUGCGUGGCUUGCAAGCAACCUAUUCGCAACAAUAUUUUCCACAUGGAGGAUGGGGAUCCUUACUGUGAAAAAGAUUACUAUAAUUUAUUUGGCACUACUUGCCAUGGUUGUGACUUCCCUAUAGAGGCUGGAGAUAAAUUCCUUCAAGCACUGGGCCACACUUGGCAUGAUACCUGCUUUGUCUGUGCAGUGUGUUGCACGAAUUUGGAAGGCCAAACCUUCUUCUCAAAGAAAGACAAGCUCCUAUGCAAGAAGCAUGCUCACACAGUGAACAUCUAAAACUCAUCGAUGAGCUGUGAGAAGGACGAUGAUCGAAGAUAACAUUCAGAGGGACGGAAUAGAAAUGAAUAUUUUGCUUUCUUUUCUUGUUGCUGUGAAAGGCAUCCAAACCGUAACUUAGUCAUUGGGGUUUGAAGGGGGGAAGGGGUUGGUGUGAGGUGUUUGAUUCUAUUUUGGUUUGGGGCUCUUUUUAGAUCUUUAAUUCCAAAUACAUGGGUGGUUAGUAGCCAGUGUCAUGGCUGCACUUCACUGGCUGAAGAACUGCAUUCAAAUAGCUAUCUUGAAUCUUUUAAUGACCUGUUGCAUAACAUUUAUUUAGGUAUGCCUUCAAAUAUACAGCCUGCCAUUUUCUUCCAAACUUUGCGUAAAUGAUCCCUGUUGCUCUAAAGGCUUUAUGUAAUAGUGUAGACAUUCAGUUAAAAUGAUCAUAAUAAGUGUUUACUAGGACACUUUUCCAAACUUAAUAUAAGCUUAAUUUGUUUAAAAUCACAUUAGGUCACUGUCUAUUUUGAAAUAUUGCCCUUUCUGGAUUCAGAAUUAACUUGGUCCCUUCUGUGCAUUGAAUAGCAUUUCCACAAUUAAGCUCCUUACAAUCAUUAACUUAUUUGGGAAGAAAUUAAUUCAUGAGACAGCAACAUUGCCUAUGGAUUUGUGAAUAAGUUGGCUGGAAUUUGACAGAUAUCUGUGAAGGGAAAUAGUGUUUUAUUUACGCAAAGGUGAUGGACUGGUCAGACUUGUUGAUGAUGAUCUUGGUUGGAAUGUGCAUGGUGUGAGAGACAUGUGCCAGCAGCUUCAAGGAUUUCAAACGAUUAUGAUAUGUUUCUGGUGAAACAUCUUUCACCACUGUUUAAUGGUUAAAUUAAAUGCCACCCUAUUGUGAAAAUCAUGGUUGCAGUUCGGAAUAGCAAAGCCACCAAGCUCUGGGAGUCCUGGAAUUGUCCAAUUUUAUUGAACUAGAAGAGUGUGGUGUGAAAUUUAAUGCUAUGAAUUAACUGGUAAUUACUUUCCUGGAUCUGCUGGGCUAUGUUUAAAGUUAGUGUAGUGUGUCUUAAAUUUGCAUCUCAUCUGAGUGACAGACUAACUGAGGACUGGUGAAGCGGCAUUCUGAUGGUGUUGAAAUCAAUUUUGAGAACGAGAACAGGAAGGACUUUGGGUGGAAGGAAAUCUCUCACUGUCGCAAUGUAGAGAAGAGGGGGGGAUUCUGGAUUUCAUAAGCAUCCUUUGCCAUUUAUUAUGACUGGACAACUGAACAGUGACCUGACCACAAGGUCAAUUUGGAUCAGGCACCUUUGUGGAGAACCCGGAAUUAUCUCAAAUUGAGCUUUUUUUUUGUUAGAAGGAAAGUCAGGAUCUACCAACUUUAUCUCAGCAAUGUACUGCAACCCACGGUAUGAACAAGGGAGUUACUUGUUACAGGGCAGUGGAGCUUGGUUUUUAACUGCCUAACUCAUAUUGCAUUAUUUAUAUAGUCUGAAGCUGUUUGGAUAAGGGGAUUUAUAAUGCAUCUUGAGAUGAUCAAGCAUUUGUAGCUAGAUUAUUCCAGUUCCCCCUUCUUACAUUAUUGAUCAAAGAGAUGGGAGGGGUGAUUGAUCUAACUAGUAUGAUGGUCAUCAGUGUUUGUGGAUUUCCACCUGCUUAAUUGUGCCAAGCCUUGGAUUAAUGAACGGGUGGUUUAACUUGUUGUACCCUGCUAUAAAGUUAAAUGGUCCUGUUGUACUGGUCUAAUGCUGUGUUCAUGAAUGAGUGUGGCAGGAUUGGUGAAGGGAGUAGAGGUGUUGGAGAGGAAUUUCACAUGCAUUCCUUUGACCCUCAGCCAAUACUUGGCUUUGCAAUGCCAUUGUGCACAAUGAACUCAAAGUCAAAGAGCUGAGAAAUGUGUCAGGUCUAUGAAAACGUGAAAGCCCAAGACAGUUCGUGUAUAAAGAACAUUUCUUGUUGACAGAAAUUUUUCACAGUUGCCCUUGGGAGUUAAAGUAUUUGCUGCUCUCCCCUACCACGUGCAAUAGGGCAAGAUAUCCUGGGUGGGAAGGGGAGAGCUUGUACCCGUUUUGUUAAUGUAGUGUGAGACUAUCGUUCUUACUUCAGUAUGUUCCAUGUUUUAAGUUAACAUAUGGCUCAUAUAUUUAAGUCAGUUAAAAGUUUCACCUGUCAAAGCCAGUCUCACGAACAAAGGUGCGCAUCAUUUUAGUGUGAUAAUGUUCAUAGACAAGCAUAGCUUCUCAUAAGUUUUAUCUUUUGAGACAGAAUCCACAGGUUACAUUUUCUUUAGACGGUUCAUAGCAUGAUCAGUAGUUUUGUAAAUUCAAGAACAGGGAGCAGUCCCAUCACAAUCCAUUAUCAUUGGGUCAAAGGGCAAAUUGACCAGAAAAUUCAUUUUUUUUUGGUCCACUCUGACGACUUUUAUGUAAUAGAAGAACACACAUCUAGCCUUGUCUGUGGUCUCUGGGACGUGUCUUUCAUAAGAAUGUACAAUUAGGUAAUGUGAUAACUAAGCAGCCAGAUUACCUACAGAAAAGAACUAAAGGGUUAAGUUUAAAACCAUCUAACACUUUGAUACAUUAUUACAUUUGUCUAUAGUUCUUAGGGUGAGAGGUCUUAUGUGGUAUCUUAAGAUGGUCGAGCCUGUUGUGUGCUGCUCCCAGCACACAAUGAUCAUCCAACAUUGAGUUUCUCCAUCAUUUCAAGUGACAAUGUUGCUAAUUCCUCAUUCUCAGCUGUUGGACCUUUGUUUCUUAAGGAUGAACUGAAAUUCUCAAAAUUGUGCUGAGCUUUUGCAGAAGAAAUUUUCACUCGGCAAUUUUUUUGAUUUUUUUUUUAAAGUUUGAAAUGUAUUUUCUUGACUAUAUUGAAAUAUGGCCCCAGGUGUGAAAGUGGGUUGUUCCUGUUUAUGCACACUGAGGAUCUGAAAUGAAUGUGUGUCAAUUAUCUCUCUGCAUCAGUUCCCUUCAAUGCUACAAGUCCUUGUCUACAAAGGAGAGAGGAAUCAAAGAGUAUACACCUGGCAUGAAUUGCAUGAGAGAAAAAUGUAGUCAUUGUUGAAAAAUUAAUUUUUGAUUUUUUGAAAAAACAAGCUCUUUCUGUCAGCACAUUUUUUAAGAGUAAGUUAGAAUGAGAGCAUCCUGUGCCAAAAUACAUGCUUGCUCUCAUUCACCCAGAAGCCAUAGUAAAAGAGGAUCCAGGAUUGUGUUGGAAGGAAGAUGUGGAGAGUUGAUAUUUUGACAUGUGGUUAUCUCCUUGUUUCUACCCUCCCUUCACCCGACUCCAUCACUAGCCCCCACAUUUGUCAUGUAAUUCAUAACAAAUGUUACUAUGAUCAAAACUCAGUCGACACCAGGUUAUAGUCAAACAGAUUUAUUUGAAAUCACAAGUUUUCAAAGUGCUGCCCCUUUGCCUGAUUGAAGGGGCAGUGGUCUGAAAGCUUGCAAUUUCAAAUAAACUUUUUGGGUUAUAACGCUGAUGUCAUGUGGUUUUUGACCUUGUCCACCCCAGUCCGACACUGGCACUUCCACAUCACUGAUGUUACGAUAGCAAUGAACUUGACUUGCCAUCAGUUCAUUUCAGCCUGCUCUGUGCAACACAUAUUUGUCUGUGAACUAAUUUGGAUUUGUUCACGACGAAGUGCUUAACAUUUUGUGCUGAAUCUCAGUUGCUCGUUUGAACGGGUACAUUGUGGUUGUGUUGACUUAUUUAGCAAACAAACCAAAGCCUUUUAAUAUUACCCGAAACAAGGUGAUGUGAGUGUUCACCCUCUCAUCAUUCUCGAGCAGAUUGUAUGAAAUAUUCUUGAUGUACUUGAGAAACACGUCAGAUGGUCAAUCUACCUGUGUUUGCUCCACUUCCAACUGGAUUUAGAAUUGAUUUUCAAAAGGCCUGGAGAUGUUGGGAGCUGAAAAUUAAAAUCACUGAAACAACAUAAGGAAAUCUACCUGGAUUUAAAAUAUUUCAAAGAGUUGUAUGAGAGUUUGCUUUUAUAUUUAUGCAUGCCUCAUUUAUGAAUAUAUGCAAUGAGAAUACUUUUGAACUGAAAUGCUUAAUUGCCAAUGUGCUUCCACUCAAUCACUAGUUUGACUGUAUCAGAAGUAUAAUAACAUGAUUUGCUUUGCUAUAUGCACAUUAAUAAAUUUUUAUUUCACAGUC